UCGAGCGCCCAGCGCAAACAUUUUCAUUGGGCCAACCGCGACCGGCGCCCGCAGUGACUCCCCGCUCCCGCUUGGGCGUUUGAUGCGCAAUUAAAAGCGAUCCCGCGCCCCGCCCGCCCUCGUCGUCUUUCUUCGAACAUGUCCGUCACCGUCGUGUUAGGAGCGCAGUGGGGAGAUGAGGGCAAGGGCAAGCUCGCCGACAUCCUCGCCCACUCGUCCAAGCUCUGCUGCCGCGCCCAGGGCGGAAACAAUGCCGGCCACACCAUCGUCGUCGACGGCGUCACCUACGACUUCCACAUCCUGCCCUCGGGCCUCGUGAACCCGGGCUGCGUCAACCUCAUCGGUAGCGGCUGCGUCGUGCACGUGCCGAGCUUCUUCAAGGAGCUCGAGGCGCUGGACGCAAAGGGCCUCCACACGGAUGGCAGGAUAUACAUCAGCGACCGCGCCCAGGUCGUCUUCGACAUGCACCAGCUGGUCGACGGGCUCGAGGAGGUCGAGCUCGGCGGCGGGCUCAUCGGCACCACCAAGAAGGGCAUCGGCCCAUCCUACAGCACCAAGAUGACCCGCAGCGGCAUGCGCAUGUGCGACAUCUUCAACGAGGACAAGUUCGAGGCGGGCAUGCGGCGGCUGGCCGACGGCUACAAGAAGCGCUUCGGCGACCUGCUGCAGUACGACGUCGAGGAGGAGAUCAAGCGAUACAAGGAAUACCGCACCAAGCUCCAAGACUACGUCGUCGACCAGGUCCCGCUCCUCGCCUCGGCAAAGGAGAAGAAGACUCCCAUCCUCGUCGAAGGCGCAAACGCCCUCAUGCUCGACAUCGACCACGGCACGUAUCCCUUCGUGACCUCGUCCAACACCGGCCUCGGCGGCGUCAUGACUGGGCUGACGCUCGGCUGGCGUUCCAUCCGCGAGGUCAUCGGCGUCGUAAAGGCCUACACCACGCGCGUGGGCUCGGGUCCGUUCCCCACGGAACAGCUCAGCGCCGACGGCGAGAAGCUGCAGCAGGUGGGCCACGAGGUCGGCGUCACCACCGGCCGGAAGCGGCGCUGCGGGUGGUUGGAUCUUGUGGUUGUGAAGCACAGCCAUGCGUGCAACGACUACACGGCCAUCAACCUGACCAAGCUCGAUGUCCUCGACGACUUCGACGAGCUCAAGGUUGCGACGAGCUAUGCGUACAACGGGCAGACGCUAGAUUAUUUCCCUGCUGACACGGAGAUCCUAUCCAAGGUCGAGGUGCACUACGAGACGCUGCCGGGCUGGAAAACGGCGACUACGGGAAUCAAGACGUGGGCCGACUUGCCCGAGAACGCGAGGAAGUACAUUGAGUACAUUGAAAAGUUCAUUGAUGUGCCGGUGAAGUGGAUUGGCGUAGGCCCGGCGAGAGAUCACAUGAUUUCCCGGUAGGGAAUGUAGUUCGGAGGAUGUCCUGGGGCGAAUUACGCGAAGUGGUAGGGUUCUCAUCAGGGCACUUCCCGCAAUGGGAACUGAGAAGGUCGUCCUCGACCAAUGCCCGGAAUUGUACGCUCGUAUGCGAUAGAAUAUAGAUGGAUUAUUUCCCGCACUUUCACGUAGGAUUUUUGGGCUAUAGCCAAUCGACCCAAAUGCUGCG